UCGCCUGCGGACGCUGGCUGCCUGCAGGCGCGGCUCCCGGCCCGAGCCCGCGAGCCCCCACCGCGGCUCCUCUGAGGACCGGCAGCGCACACCCCCGCAGCCCGUGGGAGCCCCGCGCCCCGAGCACGUCCAGCGGCCUCCGAGGGGGAGGGCGCAGCUUCCCCCCAGCCCUCGGUGGGGCGGGGACGCAGCGGGACAACUUGGAAAACUUCUCCGGGCGGACUGCGGGGACGGACGCGGGCGCUGGUGGAAGAGGACGUCGGGGAGCAGUGCCUAGUCCCAGGACCCCCCAACCUCCCGGCCCCACUGGCCUGGCCCUGGGGAAUCCUCGCUUCUCCGGCCGCGCUGGGGGGCCAACACUGUCGCCCGCUGUGCUUGCGCUGGGCAAGCAACGCCCCCUCCGGCCAGCUCUACCAUGGACUACCAGAAGCCCUACUCGGUGCAGGCCACCGCGGCCAUCGCGGCGGUCAUCUCCUUCCUCAUCCUCUUCACCAUCUUCGGCAACGCACUGGUCAUCCUGGCGGUGCUGACGAGCCGCUUGCUGCGCGCCCCGCAGAACCUGUUCCUGGUGUCCUUGGCUGCCGCCGACAUCCUGGUGGCCACGCUCAUCAUCCCGUUCUCGCUGGCCAACGAGCUGCUGGGCUACUGGUACUUCGGGCAGGCGUGGUGCGAGGUGUACCUGGCGCUCGACGUGCUCUUCUGCACUUCGUCCAUCGUGCACCUGUGCGCCAUCAGCCUGGACCGCUACUGGGCGGUGAGCCGCGCCCUGGAGUACAACACCAAGCGCACCCCGCGCCGCAUCAAGUGCAUCAUCCUCACCGUGUGGCUCAUCGCAGCCUUCAUCUCGCUGCCGCCGCUGCUCUACAAGGGCGACCCCGGCCCCCAGCUCCGCGGGCGCCCACAAUGCCAACUCAACCAAGAGACCUGGUACAUCCUGGCCUCCAGCUUCGGGUCCUUCUUCGCACCCUGCCUCAUCAUGAUCCUCGUCUACCUGCGCAUCUACCUGAUCGCUAGACGUAGCCACCACAGAGGUCCCAGGGCCAGGAGGGGUCCUGGGGAGGGUGAAUCUAAGCAGCCCUGCCCAGUCCCUGGGGGAACGUCGGCCAAACUGCCGACCCUGGCCUCCCAUUUGGUUGCUUCUGAAGAGGCCAAUGGGCACCCUAAGCCCGCUGGGGAGAAGGAGCAGGGAGGGACCGCUGAAGACCCUGGGAACCCAGCCUUGCCAUCCAGCUGGCCUGCCCUUCCCCACCCAGACCAGGGUCCAAAGGAAGGUGUUUGUGGGGCAUCUCCGGAGGAGGAAUUUGAAGAGGAGGAGGAGGAGGAGGAGGAAGAGGAGUGUGGACCUCAGGCCAUGCCGGUAUCCCCUGCCUCAGCUUGCAGCCCACCCCUGCAGCAGCCGCAGGGCUCCCGGGUGCUGGCCACCCUGCGGGGCCAGGUGCUCCUGGGCAGGGGCAUGGACGCCGCAGGCGGGAAGUGGUGGCGGCGGCGGCGGCGGGCUCAGCUGACCCGGGAGAAGCGGUUCACCUUCGUGCUGUCUGUGGUCAUAGGCGCCUUCAUGCUCUGCUGGUUCCCCUUCUUCUUCAGCUACAGCCUGGGUGCCAUCUGCCCAAAGCACUGCAAGGUGCCACAAGGCCUUUUCCAUUUCUUCUUCUGGAUUGGCUACUGCAACAGCUUGCUAAACCCUGUCAUCUACACCAUCUUCAACCAGGACUUCCGCCGUGCCUUCCGAAGGAUCCUUUGCCGCCAGUGGACCCAGACGGCCUGGUGAGCCAACCGCCUGCCUGCUGCCCUCAUGGGGCUGAUGCCAGGUAGUGCCAGGGCCACACUGCCUCCUGCCCUGUUUUAUGUGAACUAGGCACAGGGCUGUUCGGUUUCUGCCCAGGUAGUGCAGGCAGCACCUGGGAGGGGGAGGGGCAGGGGUGCUGUUCCCAGGGUCUGUGCUAAGCCUGUUGCUGGCUUGGCGGUGGGGGGACGUCUUCUCCACGCCCUGCCUGAGUGCAGGCGGAGGAGGAGGCCUGAGCCCUCCUGAGUGCGGCUGAGGUCAGACUUGGAUAGAGCCUGGCCUUCCGGAACCCCAGAACCCUGAAAACUUCCUCGAGGGCCUUGUGGUCCCUGGCAGGCCACUUGCUUGUGGUGUUUUGUUUCUUUUUCAUCUUCCUCAGUAAAGAGCAGGAAGCCAGCCUUCCAUUCUCCCCGGGAGGCCGAGGAGGAGGCAGAAACAAGGAUGGCCAUGCAUCCCCAUGGAGGACCCGUGGCUUCCACUGGGCACCGGGUGAGGGUUUGCAGGCUGACUGUCCCUGGCCCUUCUCCCCCUUCCCCUGCUUUUGGAUUUGUAGCUCCUUUGAAGGCAGAAGCUGUGAUCUGAGUCCCACGCGGCGCAGCUCUGCAGGCCUGGCCUCUGCCUCAACAGGACAUUCCCGCUCCCUAGCAGCCACCCCUGCAAAAUCCAGGGCAACAAUAGCUUGCUGCCUACCUGCUGCAGGGAGAUGAAAGGCGUUGCACAAAGCUUUGAGCUCCAUGGGGGAACCUAGAGACCCAGCAAAUGUGAUUAUUUGGUGAUCUGAAAGCCCCGACUUUGUGUUUACCACCACCCGCCUUCCAUAGACUUUAGUUCUGAGCCUGGGGUGGGUGAAUUCCUACCCCAAACUGGAAGUGGGGGGUGGCAGACAGAACCACUAUUUCAGUUAAAGGAAUUCUUUGAGAAUGUGUCUUGUGCCUACAAAGGUUUGAGUUAUUAUGCUGCAUGACAACUUGGCAUUUCACCUGCAACACCAAGAGCGUUUUCUGUGGGGGAUAAGUCUUUUGUCAUCAAGAAGGCAAAUUGUUUCCUCAAGACAGCUAAAAAUAUCCACAUCCUGGGAAUGGUCUGACAUGAGAGCCAUGUCAUGUGCCAGGUGAGAGAGCUCCCAGGAGGGAUUCUGGGCUGAAGCAGGUGAGCAAGGGCCCUCUGGACACCUGGGGGAGCCUCACGGCUCAGUGCCAGGCAGGGCUCUAAGGCCCAGAUGGGCCCCAAUGAUCCCACCUCGGAUGGGUGCGGAUGAGUGUUGGCUGGCCACCUCCAGCCCAGCCAUGUGGCUCUCCCCAUUGAUGGGGCAUCAGGAGCCUCUUCCUCCUGGUUCUCACCGCCCCCAACCCAGACACUUGAACCCAGAACAAUUUGCAGCAUGUGAAGGAUGGUUCCCAGGGCCCCCACAGGAGUGCCUGACUUCCACAGUAAGCCAGUGGGGUCAUCACUGGGGUGGGCUAAGCAGCAGGGACUGUUGGCAUCCCUAUGGCCAGAGUGCGAGGGGUGCAAGGGGUAUUUUCUGGGUUAGAGAGAAUGGAGGAGACCAAAGGGAGUCCCUCAGUUUGUUCCUCAGUUUCCGUGUGAGGCCAGGGCACUGCCCUGGGGCAGGGCUGGGUAGGUAGGUGGCCCUGAGGGAGGGGCUGACUUGUGAUAUCUGCUGACUGGUCUCAGUAGAUGAUUCUGUUGCCUGUGGCCUCCUUAUUGUGAUAUGAAGAUGUUUUUUAAAGGUCUGAGCUAUUUUAUCAAUAAAAGAUAUUUUGUAAUAAG